AUGAACACUAGUUCAGAACUGAUUGAAAAUGAAGAGCAGGUCAAUAUUUAUUCAAACAGCGUACAAUCAUUUGCUGGUGAAACAAGACUACGCUCUGCAUCGCUCCAUACAAAUGCGAACGAACAGGUUAGAUCAGAAGAACUUCUAUCAGAUUUAUCUACGAUGAAAUUACUAAACAAUGAUGAGAAGAAUAGGCUCAGUAAUACAUUGGAUUCUUUGGAAUCAAACAGUGAUCUGAGUAGUUCAAUCGAUCGUACAAGACAUUCUUAUAAGUCACAAAAACAAAAUUAUUUAAUAGAAAAAAAACGUAUUACAAAUGAAUUAGCUGCUGUACUUCGAGAUCCAUCUGUUAUUGUUUUGGCCGAUUGGCUAAAAGUGCGUGGAACGUUACGCGACUGGACUAAACUUUGGGUUACACUAAAACCUGGACUUCUUUUACUGUAUAAACGUCCUCUGGAAAAAGUAGGCUCAUCAGAUGAUCUUUUAUUUAGUUCUUGUCAAGUUAUCCAACGACCAUCAAAAAAACCCGGAUUCUGUUUCAAAAUAUUUCAUCCACUUGAAAAGUCAAUUUGGUCUGCCAAGGGUCCAAGUGGAGAAGCAUUUGGAGCUCUAACAUUUCCAUUACCGAUGACAUACCUUAUAUUCCGUGCUUCAGAUGAGAAUACAGGUACUAUUUGGCUUGAUUGGCUCGAGAUGACAAUUAAAUGUGGAAGUUUAUUGAAAAAACCAAAUGAUGCUCUGACAAUGAAUCCAGCCUUUAAUUAUCAAACAACAACAGUCAGUGGAGCGGAGACAGCCAAUUUAAAUACGAAUUUGGAUGAUAGUGAUCGAUUGAGUGAAGUUAGUGUUGAAAGUAAAGCAUCAGGCAGCUCAAGUCAUUCAGAAGUAUCGCUGGAAAAAAUAGAUGAAGGCGAAAAUAAACUUGAAGCAACAACUUACAUUCCAGCUCCACCAGAGGAAAUGGGAGAGCUUGGCAAUAUUGCACAAACAGAAGAUGUUGGCGAGGAAAAUAAGAGUCUUAUUUUUCAUCUCAUUAAACAGGUUCGUCCUGGAAUGGAUCUAUCUAAAGUUGUACUUCCUACAUUCAUUUUGGAACCACGAUCAUUUCUUGAAAAAUUAUCCGAUUAUUAUCAUCAUGCAGAUCUUCUUGAAGAAGCCAUUCACAAUUCCGAUCCAUAUACACGCAUGAAGACAGUUAUAAAAUUUUAUUUAUCGGGGUUUUAUAAGAAACCAAAGGGUUUAAAAAAGCCUUAUAAUCCAGUAAUAGGUGAAUUAUAUAGAUGUUAUUGGCAUCAUUCAAAAUCAGAUAGUAAAACAUUUUAUAUAUCCGAGCAGUUACAAUGUUAUGUACUUCCCAUUGGUGCAAGUAAGGAGGACGGGCACGGCAACUCGGUAUCCGCUAUUCUUGAUGGUUCGGCUCGUCUUACACUACUUAAUCUGGGAGAAGACUAUUCUAUCACAUUGCCAUAUGCAAACUGUAAAGUCGAAGGAAAAAUUAAAUUGGGCAAAGAAACAUUGGCAACAAUCAUUGGACACUGGGACGAUCAAAUUGAUAUUAUUGAUAAAGCAACAGGUAUACGUUCUGUUCUUUGGAAAGUGAAUUCAUCGGUAGUAAAAAGUCGUUUAAAACGUUUUGUGGUACCUAUUGAACAACAAAAUGAUAAUGAAUCAGAAAAACUUUGGCAACGUGUGACAUUCGCUAUUAGACAAAAUGAUCAAAAUUUAGCUACUGAAGAGAAAACGUUAGUUGAAGAACAACAGCGAAAACAGUUAAAAGAAUUAAAAGCAACUGGUAAUGAAUGGAAACCACAUAUGUUCACAUUAGAUCCUGUAUCAAAAGAAUGGAUAUAUUUACAUGCAGAUUUACGACCGUGGGAUCCUUACAAUGAUAUUGUUCAAUUUGAAAGUAAUUUUAUCAUUUCAACACAACAACGACAUCAUGCACCAUCUUAUACAUCAGGUACAGGUCGCAAUAAUUCAACAGUUAAUGCUACAUCAUCCGAAAUGGUACGAGGUUCUUCACCAUCAUUUGUACGAGAACGUCAUUCAAAUAAUGUUAAACAUAAUGAAAAUGAUGAUUUUACCGUAAUGACUACUGAUAGUCGAACAUCAGGUCGUCCACAAGACAAUUCCCAUAAUGAUGAUAAUAAUUCAUUUCAGAAAUAUGUUGAAAAUGAAUUUAAUAAUAUUAAUCAACGUAUAACUAAUAAUGAAAAUAUUAUAAGCGAUUUAAAAUUAUAUUUAAAAAAUCGAACUAAAAAUAAUGAAUUAAUUAACAGUUUAUUUACCUCUCACUAG